AGCGGAGAGAGUCCAUACGAGGCAAAGAAGUUAGAGAGAGGAGAGAGAGAGAGAGAGAGAAAGAAAGGGGAGUUCUCUGAGAAAGAGAAUUGAAGAUUCUUCUUUGCUCUUCACAUUUCACUGUUCUUGAUUAAAUUUUCUUUCGUUGUUGAAUUGGGGGGAGUUUUUGAAUUUGUUUUUCAAUUCUCCUAAUGAGCCGUUUAGGGUUUAAAACGGUGGUGUAUCAUGGAGAAGUUUGUUUAGGGGAGCUGGACACUGUUCCAGUGAAAAGAGAAGACAAUUUCCAGUUCCCAAACAACGAGAUACGCAUUCACCGCAUCUCUGCCAACAGCGAGCGAUGCCAUCCGCUCUCCGUUCUUCAAACUAUAGCCAGCUCCUCCGUCAGGUGCAAACUGGAACCCACAUCAAAUCCCGCAUUCGAUCAGUCUCUGUUGAUCAAUCUUCACGCCUCUUGCUUCUACGAACUUAAGACGAUUGUGGUUAUUGUAGGUAAUGAGGAGCUGCAUUUAGUUGCAAUGCCGAGCAAACUGAAGAAGUUUCCUUGCUUUUGGUGCUAUUCCGUGCCCAUUGGUCUGUAUGACGCAUGUUUAACAAUGCUGAACCUGAGAUGUUUGGCAAUUGUAUUUGAUCUGGAUGAAACUCUUAUUGUUGCAAACACAAUGAAGUCCUUUGAAGAUAGAAUUGAGGCUCUCAGGAGUUGGAUUGCACGAGAAGUGGAUCCAAUUCGGGCGUCUGGCAUGUCUGCCGAGAUGAACCGGUAUCUUGAGGACAGAGUACUGUUGAAGCAAUAUGUAGAUAAUGAUUGUGUUGUUGUUGAUGGUGGGAAAGUAUAUAAAGCAAAGCAGGAGGAGGUGCGCCAAUUAUCUGAUGGCCACGAACGAGUGGUUCGGCCAGUUAUAAGACUGCCGGAGAAGAAUAUUGUUCUCACUCGGAUUAAUCCAGAGGUUAGAUGUUCUGGUGAUCGCAUCAGUUUGUCAUCCCCCAUUUUUCACUACUUUGCUCUUAUUGCUGAUGCUUGCAAUAUGCACAUUUAGAGUGCCAGUGUUAGAUGAUAUUAAUUUGACUCGGUCAUGUCAGCAUCUUGCAUUGACUUUUUUCUUUUAAACCGCAAUUGUAUGCAAAUUCUUGAGACAGUCUGUAUACUUUUUCCGGCUCUGCCAUGUCCAGGAAGUGUGUAUAAAUAUAUAUAUAUAUAUAUAUUUAUAAUAUUUGCUUCCACAUAAGAAAAUUAGAUACUGUAAAAUAAAUGUUCAACUUGAUUGGAAGAAGUACUUGGUAGGAAGUUUUAUUAUAGUGUUUCAUGUGCAUGUUUAUUCAUCCAUGUGGUGUUUAUGUUUCCUAUUGUGGUUUUUUUGGGCUCUACAGAUCCGUGAUACUAGUGUUCUUGUGAAAUUACGUCCUGCUUGGGAAGAUCUGAAAAAUUACUUGACCGCAAAAGGUCGGAAAAGGUUUGAAGUAUAUGUUUGUACGAUGGCUGAAAGAGAUUACGCCCUGGAAAUGUGGAGGUUGCUUGAUCCAGAGGCACACUUAAUUAGCUCUAAACAACAAUUAGAUCGUAUAGUGUGCGUCAAAUCAGAUGGAAGGAAAUCGUUACUUACUGUAUUCCAACAAGGCAGUUGCCAUCCAAAAAUGGCUAUGGUGAUUGAUGAUCGCUUAAAGGUUUGGGAAGAUAGAGAUCAACCUCGUGUUCAUGUAGUUCCUGCUUUUACUCCUUACUAUGCUCCACAGGCUGAGAUGGCAAAUGCAGUCCCUGUCUUAUGUGUGGCGAGGAAUGUUGCAUGCAAUGUUAGAGGUGGUUUUUUCAAGGAGUUUGAUGAGAAUCUACUGCAAAAGAUUCCUGAGGUUCACUACGAAGAUGAGGUUGUGGGUUUACCUUCUGCACCUGAUGUGAGCAACUACUUGAUGUCAGAGGAUGCUAGUUUUGUACCAAAUGGCAAUACAAAUGCCCCUUUCCCCGAGGGAAUUAGUGGUCCUGAAGCUGCUCAAAGACUUAAUUACAUGGGUGAGAAGAGCUUUCCGAAUUCUUUCACUCAUUCCAUAAACAAUAAUCCUGAGUUGAAGGAGAAUCCUCAGCUAUCUGUUGAAGCAACUCCAAAUGUUGUUGGUCCAACCUCUUCAAGAGCAGUGCCAUUUCUCGAAAAACCUAGUAUGCUUGGAGCUUCGUUCAAACGGGAUAAUAGCUUUUCAGACUCCGAUCCUGAUGUGAAAAGAAAAUUGCCCAUUAUGAGUCGUGGCCAAGAUGCUAGAUCUCGAGUUUCAGCUGAACCUGCCCCUACGCCUAAGUUACCUGGACAACAUCAUCAUAACCCACCAUCUCAGGGAGGCUGGUUAAUGGAAGAAGAUCUUGGUACAGGACGCCUUAAUGGUCGAUUAUCUGGAGCUGUUCAAGAUUCGGAUGCUCAAAAACUCGAGAAACAGAGACCGCGUCCGUAUUCAAAUAGUCACGGCACAUCAUCUUCCAAUGCUGGAGGAUCACAUAUGGGAGCAGCCCAAGUUAUAAAUGAAGAGGUCCACUCGAGGCAAGACGGACUUAGACCUAACCAGUUUACAGGUUUUGGGUCUCAAAAUCAAUCAUCUGCAAACAUCAGUGAGCCUCAGCCUGAAGGGUCAAAAUUAUCUGUCUUACCAUCUGUUUCUAUUAGUGUGCUCCAAGAAAUUGGAAGAAGAUGCAAUUCAAAGGUUGAGUUCAGGCCUUUAGUGAGCACUAGCGAGGAUUUGCGGUUCUCAUUCGAGGUCUUGUUUACUGGUGAAAAGAUUGGAUUUGGAAUGGGUAAGACAAGGAAGGAUGCUCAGCAACAAGCUGCAGAGAACGCGCUUCAUGCUUUGGCUGAUAAAUAUAAAGCCCAUAAUGCAAACCGUUCUAAAGCUGUGGACAGAGAAUUCAAUAGGAAUUCUGCAACUAACGAGAAUGGACUUAUAUGGGAUGUAUCGUCUCCUGGAUCGAACAGUCAACAGCCAGUUGAAAAUGGGUUGCCAAAACAAAGCACGUAUAAGGUUGCGUGA